UGCAUCAAUUGCGAAGUGAGUCAAGAGUCGCGGACGCGGAUGCCGGAUACAUAGCAUGAAUCAUCUGAAGAGAGAGAAAGAGAGAUAAGAAACCAAGAGAGAGUCAAUCGGAGUACUUGGAGUCAGUAUAAAAAAAGCUCCCCUUCAGUAAUCUUCAAGUACAGGGAAUAGUGAGAGAGAAUGUACUAUAUAGUACAGCACGGACCGUGAAGGUAUAGUGCGUCGCCUGCAACACAGUAAAAUUGAGUGAAACCGUACAACGUAUAGUCGUCGUCGUCGAAGGGUGGAUGCUGGUAGUGUCUGCUGUAUCUCAUCUCCGCGUCCAAGCGGUCCAAGUCGUUCGUACGCGAGAUCACAUACCUACAAGAAAGUGGUGCAGUGCAUGGAUAAAGUGUGAGAUAUCAUUAAAUCAAACACUGUGUGUGAGAGAGAGUUUAUAGCAGGUGCUCGUGUAUUGAUGUCCGUGUGUAACUUGAUUGUUUACAACAAAAGUAUUGUUCAAUUGAUGCCAACAUUCCCCAUUGUUCUUAAAAGUUUAUUGAGAAAGGGGAUUUAAGCAGCUCUCCUGCAGCUCGGAGUGCAGUGUAGUCAUAUUAAAUUACAUACGACUAGAAGAUCACCGUAAAACUGGUGUGGAUCAAUCCGGACACUAUGAGCUACCAGCACCAACAGUCGAGGCCGAUGUCGCACGGCAACUACCAGCAGGGCCCGCCUGACGUGCCCAUGUGCUCCGCCAAGGAGCAGACCCUCAUGUGGCAGCAGAACUCGUACAUGGUUGACUCGGGCAUCCACUCCGGGGCCGCCACCCAGGCCCCAUCCCUCACCGGCAAGGAGGAUGAGGAGCUCGAGAGCGACCAGCUCAUGUUCGACUUGGACCAGGGCUUCGCUCAAGGCUUCACUCAGGAUCAGGUCGACGAGAUGAACCGUCAGCUGACCGCGACGCGCACCCAACGCGUCCGCGAGGCCAUGUACCCGGAAACCCUCGAGGAGGGCAUCGAGAUCCCGUCGACGCAGUUUGACCCGGCCCAGCCCACGGCCGUCCAGAGAUUGGCCGAGCCCAGUCAAAUGCUCAAGCACGCCGUCGUCAACCUCAUCAACUACCAGGACGACGCGGAUCUGGCAACUCGCGCCAUUCCCGAGCUCAUCAAGUUGCUCAAUGACGAGGAUCAGGUCGUUGUAUCCCAGGCCGCGAUGAUGGUACACCAGUUGUCGAAGAAGGAAGCUUCCCGGCACGCCAUCAUGAACAACGCCCAGAUGGUCGAGGCUCUCGUCCGUGCCAUUUCCAACAGCGAGGAUCUCGAGUCGACCAAGGCUGCCGUUGGCACCCUGCAUAACUUGUCGCACCACAGACAAGGUCUCCUGGCCAUAUUCAAGAGCGGCGGAAUUCCCGCCCUCGUCAAGCUUUUGAGCUCUAACAUCGAGUCGGUCCUGUUCUACGCCAUCACGACUCUGCACAACUUGCUCCUGCACCAGGACGGCUCGAAAAUGGCCGUGCGCCUGGCCGGAGGCUUGCAACGGAUGGUCAUCCUCUUGCAGCGCAACAACGUCAAGUUCUUGGCCAUCGUCACCGACUGCCUGCAGAUUCUCGCUUACGGCAACCAAGAGAGCAAACUCAUCAUCUUGGCCUCUCAGGGACCAGCCGAGCUCGUGCGCAUCAUGAGAACCUACGACUACGAAAAGCUACUCUGGACCACCUCUAGAGUACUCAAAGUACUGUCGGUUUGUCCGAGCAACAAGCCAGCAAUCGUCGAGGCUGGCGGCAUGCAAGCCCUGGCCAUGCACUUGGGCAACGCAAGCCAGAGACUUGUUCAGAAUUGUCUGUGGACCCUUAGAAAUUUGUCAGAUGCUGGCACCAAGGUCGACGGACUUGAAAACCUUCUCCAGAGCCUCGUGCAGGUACUUAGUUCCGCAGACGUCAACGUCGUCACCUGUGCUGCCGGCAUCCUUUCAAAUUUGACUUGCAACAACCAACGCAACAAGGUGACCGUAUACCAAGUGGGCGGAGUGGACUCGCUGGUGCGCACGAUCGUCAACGCUGGCGACCGUGAGGAGAUCACCGAGCCAGCAGUAUGCGCCCUACGCCAUCUAACAUCGCGUCAUGCCGAGGCCGAGAUGGCUCAAAAUGCCGUGCGCGUCAACUACGGCAUCCAGGUGAUCGUGAAGCUGCUGCAGCCACCCUCGCGCUGGCCCCUUGUCAAGGCUGUCAUUGGCCUCAUCCGAAAUCUCGCUCUCUGUCAGGCCAACCAUGCCCCGCUCAGGGAGCACGGAGCUAUUCAUCAUCUCAUACGGCUCUUCAUGCGCGCAUAUCAAGACACUCAGAGGCAAAGAAACUCCGUGGCGAACUCGGUAGGAGCUCAGCCUCCCAUUGGAGCUUACGCCGACGGCGUGCGCAUGGAAGAAAUUGUCGAAGGCACUGUUGGUGCGCUACACAUUCUCGCUAGAGAAUCCAACAACAGAGCCAUCAUACGAUCUCAAAACGUCAUACCGAUCUUCGUACAGCUGUUAUUCAACGAGAUCGAGAAUAUCCAGCGAGUGGCAGCAGGAGUGCUCUGCGAGCUCGCAGCGGACAAGGAGGGUGCAGAGAUGAUCGAGCAAGAGGGCGCAACAUCGCCCCUCACCGAUUUGUUGCACUCGCGUAACGAGGGCGUAGCCACUUAUGCCGCUGCUGUGCUCUUCCGUAUGAGCGAGGACAAGCCGCAGGACUACAAGAAACGCCUGUCUGUCGAGUUGACCAAUUCGCUGCUACGAGAUGAUACCAAUGUAUGGAAUAACGCAGACUUUAUGGGUCCGGAUCUACAGGAGAUGCUUGGUAUGGAUCAGGGAUUUGAGGGUAUGUAUCAACAAGGACCUGUUAAUAUACACAACAGCCACGAGGGUCGCAUUUAUCAGCCUCAAGGUUAUGACCAGAUACCAGUAGAUUCGAUGCAGGGCCUGGAGAUUGGCGGCGGUGGCUCGACGUACGGGCCAAUGGACACGAGUUUCGAUCAUCUGGAGGAGCUUCCCGCGCCGCCCCAGGAUAGUUCGGUCGCGGAUGCGUGGUAUGAUACGGAUCUGUGAGACCGUGAGUGAGAAGAGAGCACGAGAGCAAAAUUGAAAAUCCCACGCAAGAAAUUUUUAUUGGAAUUCAUAGAAAAUGAAAAAAAAAAAACAAAAAAACAAAAAAACAAAAAGAGAGAAAAAAAGAUAAACACAUUCUGUCGCGUAUACAUACAUUGAAGAGUAUAUAACGUGUUGUUUUUUAUUCCAUCGAUGUUAUGCAAUCUCAGUAUACAUGAUGAUGAAAGGAAAAUUCGAGGUAUUUGACUUGUGGUCCCUCUCGCCCCUUUACAAACACGUGCAAGGCCGCGUAAUCAUGCAAUUAAAAAAUUCUUUUUUAUUUUUUUUUAUAGUUAUUGUCUUAGUUAUUACUAAACGAGCUUUUUCUUUAGGAAUAAAAAUGAUUUUAGGAUAAGCACUGCGUACAGACACAAAAAGUAUACAAAUAGAUAAACAAAUAAUUAAUAAUAAUAAUAACAAUGAUGAAGAAGAAAAAGUACGACAACGCUUGCAUACGAGUAAAUUACGACAAAAGCCUAACUCGUCAGAUCUACACACGUUCGUAUACGAAAAGCUAUUUCAAAUUCUCGACGAUGAUUACCAAAGUUAUAUGAUGCAAUCCAUUAAGCCCUAAAAAAUAAUUGUAUUACCUCAAUUUUAGGGUAUCUAUAACGAAUGAUACAUUUUUGGGAAUCAUCGUCUGAUAAAAACAAAUUACAAGAAAAAAAAACCCAUUUUUGUAAGCUACGUCUAAUGAGAGUUUGAAAUAGCUGCGUGUCAUUGUACUAAAAAAAAAAAAAUAAAAAGAAAACAUACACAUAUAUUCACACAUUAGCAUUCAUUUUAUUUGUAAGUAAUCUAUGAUAAGGUAACAAAAAGUAUUUACCGUCAAUCAAUCUUACGAUUAAGUAUUGACCCAUUUAUAUAAAUAUAUGUAAUUGUCCCCCUGUUGCCCAUAUAUGUGUGGACAAAAGUAAAUUAUAGAUGAACGAAAAAGUAACAUUUUCGUAUGAUUAA